AGCUUUCAAACGGAAUGUUCAAGUUUCUAAAAUUUCUCUCAGUAAUUAGUAAUUCUAAAAAGUGUAUAUCUUGUUUUCUAUAAUAUUUUUAAUUUUUAAUAUAUUUUAGUAAGAAUAUAGAGUUUUAUAUGUUUUAGAUCAAGAUAAUUUUAUUGUCGAGGGCGAAAAGUAAGCAUCAAUAAGAAACAUUUGUAAAUCAUAUUUUGAACAAGAACAUAUUUAUCUAUUGCACCGGUGCUAUUAACCAAUUUUGAAAGAAUGAAGAUUAUUUGGAUAAUUGGUGGACCAGGAUGUGGAAAAGGAACACAGUGCAAACGAAUUAUUGAAAAAUAUGGAUUUUAUCAUAUAAGCAGUGGUGAUCUAUUACGGGAGGAAGUUGCCCGUGGUAGUUCUCGAGAUGCUUUUCUACAGGAAACAAUGUCUAAAGGUUUAUUUGUCUCAACGGAUAUUGUAUUGGAUCUGAUAAAGGAACGAAUGCAAAAAGUUAAACAAGAAAAAUUAACAGAAACUGGAUUUCUUAUUGACGGAUAUCCCCGUGAAUUGGGUCAAGGUCUUCUUUUUGAAAAAAAUGUGUGUCCUGUUGAUUUAAUCAUUUUCUUUGAUGCCUCGAACGAAGUAUUAGAGAAAAGAUUACUAGGACGUGCAGAAGUCUUAAAAAGAGCUGACGAUAAUGAAGAAACGAUCAAAAACAGAAUCAAACUAUUUAAUAUGAAUAGACAUAUAGAAAUCAUUGAUCAUUAUAAAGACAAAGUUGUAAACAUCGAUGCUAAUGGCAAUGCGGAUGAAAUAUUUGAUGAAGUUUCAAAAGUAAUUGAUACUUUGUUAAAUAAAUCUUAAAUCAUGUCAAAUAUAAAUGUAGAUCUUCACUUAAAUCAUCUAAUCAUUUAAAAUUAUACUAAUCACUUUUUGUGAAGUUCUACAAUAGAUGAUUCUAUGAUCUUGAUGAAUCAAAAUGAUUAAAUCAAGAGAUUUAAUUAAUAUAAAUUUAUAAAAAAUUUAUUUUAACAAAAUCUAACAAAUUCUAAUAUAUAAUUAAUGUAAUAAUGAUGUAUAUUAUGUUGUAAAUUUGAA